UAUUAACCCGGAAAUAACAGUCGGUAAGACAGCUGAGAGAGCGAGAGGCUCAGAUCCACGGAGGUAACGUAGAGAGAGAUCUAAAACCUUCUCCCUGGAGCUUAUAGCGUACUACCUGGACUCCAUAACGUUACGUGUUUUUUUAUCGCUUCACAAUCAAAGAUUGUUAGUAUUUCUGUAGGAUUGCGACCUUGGCGAGUGCCUGGAUAGGCCUCCCUUCUGUCACCUCCUCUGCUUUUCUGCUGGCCGAGGCAGUGUCGCUUACACUAUUGUUCAUCGGAGUAGUCCAAGCUGCUUAAUACUAAAUAGGUACAUUGUCAUGGGGAACCUCCUUAAAGUUUUGACAUGCACAGAUCUUGAACAAGAGCCCAACUUCUUCCUCGAUUUCGAAAAUGCUCAGCCAACAGAAGCAGAGCGUAAAACGUGGGAAGAAGUGGAUGUGGUUCUAAAGGAUGCACUGGGAAUACUUGACGAACUACAGGCAUAUAAAGGCGCGGGCCAAGAGAUACGAGAGGCAAUCCAGAACCCUAAUGACGAAGCAUUACAAGACCAGGCGUGGGCUGCUGUGGUGCCACUAGUUGGCAAACUAAAGAAGUUCUACGAAUUUUCACAGAGAUUAGAAGCAGCGCUGCAUAGUCUAUUGAGAGCACUCACUAGUGAGACAAAUGAUGACCCCACACAGCAUCUGGAGAGAGAGCAAGCCCUUGCUAAACAGUUUGCUGAGAUCCUGCACUUCACACUGCGAUUUGAUGAGCUCAAGAUGACAAAUCCAGCCAUUCAGAAUGACUUCAGUUAUUACAGGAGGACCCUGAGCCGCAUGAGGAUCAAUAAUGUUCCUGCAGAGGGAGAAAACGAGGUGAAUAAUGAGCUUGCCAAUCGGAUCUCUCUAUUUUAUGCUGAUGCUACACCCAUGCUAAAGACAUUAAGUGAUGGCACAACAAAAUUUGUAUCUGAGAAUAAAAAUUUGCCCAUUGAAAACACAACAGACGUAUUAAGCACCAUGGCAAGCGUGUGCAAAGUUAUGUUGGAAACCCCAGAGUAUCGCAGCCGCUUCAGCAGUGAGGAGACUGUUUCCUUCUGUCUGCGUGUCAUGGUGGGGGUCAUCAUUCUCUACGACUACGUCCAUCCCGUCGGCGCAUUUGCAAAGUCCUCCAAAAUAGACAUGAAAGGCUGCAUUAAAGUGCUCAGAGAUCAGCCACCAAGCAGUGUGGAAGGUCUUCUAAAUGCUCUCAGGUACACAACAAAACAUCUUAAUGAUGAGUCAACCACUAAGACCAUUAAAAGCAUGCUGCAGUAGCAACAGAACUCUGGGACACACACCACUGGCCUCAAGCAAUUGCUCAGGAGAUGCACAUACACUCUCGCUCCUGGACUAAUGUGAUGCACAGAAUGUUUUUUUUUUUUUCCUUUUUUUUUUUUUUUAUUAAACCAGGAAAAAAAAAAUCAGAAAAAAGCUUCUCUAAUCUUUCCUUGUCUUUUUACAAAGCAGAUGCUGCUGGCAUUAUGUGUGGUUUUCUGUGCCAAAAUCGUUUUGCUGAAAUCCCUUGUUUUUAAUGUUCCUGUAAGACAGCCAUGCUGCUGAUGGCAGCUAUAAAAGCAUUGUUAGAUUAUAUUUGUGGUAAAUGUUUUAAUUUAGCUUGUUUCCCUAUAUAAAGGGAGGUUGAGUGUUUUGACUUGAAUAUAAAAUAUCUAUAUAUUAUCUAUAUGAUCUGGAUACAAUUAUAUAAAAAAGAAAAGUAUAUAAUAUUUUUAUUAAUAUUUAAUGUUACAUCCACUGCAUGGCAAAAUGAUUAAAUGUCUUCUAUUUAAAAGAAAACUAAUGUUUCAAAUUCGUUUGUCUGUUUGAUUUUGUGUAAAGGAAAAGGUGUUUAAAUUAUGUUUUGAAAUGGUACUUUGAGAUUAAAAAUGGAGGUUGAUUGAUUUUUUUAUAGUUCUAUA